ACUCUGAUAUUUUUCAGAUGAAACCGCAAGCAGAAACAGCCUCUCUUUUUAGAGAAGGAAAAGGCUAGAGAACCAUCCUUUUCACACACAAAACACUUGUCUUUUUUCUAUUUCACUUGUGAAACCCUAAUACUAUAGAUCCCCCUCUCAAAUCUCAAGUAACCCAAAAUCACAAACAACCCAAAUACACUGAUCACACCUUCUCUUUCUCUCUGCAAACUCCCACUAUUAAAUACACGACCACAUAUGUAAAUAAAUAUCCGUGGGGUGGUUCUACCCCUCGUUUACGUAUAUCCAUAUAACCUUUUGCUCAAAGACAAAUUAAGUAAAAGCAAGGGAAACGAGCACACACUGUACGGUUUUGUGCAGAUCGCAGCCUUGAAGACGUGGGUGUUGGUACACUUUAGCUUUUUCUUCCAUAACCACACACACACACUCUAUUGUCCCAUACCCAUACCUCAUUCUCUUAAAUAUGAGGUGUGUGUAAGUAAGCAAAUCUCUCUGCUCCUCUCUCCCUCACGUCUUUCCAUUUUCUGCUCUCAUGGAUUCCACCAACAGUGGGAGUAUGCAAUCAUCCAGCACUGCCGGCGAUGAGGAGUACGAUUCACGCGCCGAAUCAACAAUCUCUGCUUUCUUAAACAACAACAAUAACCCUCCUCCACCUCCACCUCCACCACAACCACAACCACCACCACAACAACACGUUACUCCCUUCACUACAAACCCAUCACAGCAUCACCACAUGUUCGACCCUUUAUCCAAUUACUUGGAUCCGACACAAAGAUCGGUUCUAAACCUCGACUCGGUGUGGUCCAAGGUUGUUAGAUCCGAACCCAAUCAACCCGAUCUUGCCGGCUUCAUUCCUUCUUCGUCUUCUCCACAGAACCAAGCUUUUGUUUUAAGUCAAUUGGGAGGUCAAACACGAGGAAACGUUGGUGCUUUUCCCACCACACAUAACUCUCUUCCUCCAGAAACUGCUUCUUCGCGUGGAGGGUUACUUUCGGUGUCAACCUCCAAUGACCAAGUUCAUAACAACAAUAGCAACAACAACAUGGUUCGGAACCCGAAGAAGCGUUCAAGAGCUUCUAGGCGUGCACCUACCACUGUGCUUACUACAGACACCACCAAUUUCCGAGCCAUGGUUCAGGAAUUCACUGGCAUCCCUGCACCACCCUUCACUUCCUCGCCUUUCCCUAGAACCAGGUUGGAUCUCUUUGCUACUUCUUCUUCUUCUUCAGCUGUAAGAUCUUUGGACCCUCCAACAACGCCACCACCACCUUAUCUUCUUCGCCCUUUUGCACAGAAAGUUCAAGCUCAAUCUUCUCCAAUUCCACCCUCUUUUCCACCCAUGAUUGAUGCCUUAGCUUCUAAUAAUAACAAUAACUCUUGUUCUUCUAAUCCAACUUCCAUUAACUACCAACAGCCUAUCAACAUGCAUAACCCAAUUCUCAGCUUUCAAUCCAUCCUCCAAACACCCCCAAAGUACCCUCAACUUGGGAACAAUUCUUCUCUUCUUGUUGCCUCGGGUACUGUUGAUUCACAUCUCAAGAUGGGUGUUUUGGAGGAACUAGGAUUGAGCCAUGCCCAUGUUAACACCCACGUUGGUGGUGGUCAUCAUCAGAACAUGGUUCCGUCAUCCUCAGAUGGAGGAGCAUUGUCGAGGGUCAACAACAACAACAACAUGCGUAGUCCUUCAUUGGACUGGGCCCAGAGAGUUACCAACAACGAUGGUGGAGUUUUGAGGUCUCUCGGUGGCACUCUCAACUACAGAAGCAAUGUUUCAGAUCAGCGAGUGUCAAAUGGCAAAGUUAACUACUCCGCCACGCCCUCGGAUUUUCAUGGAGACAAGGGACAAGACUGUGUUGUUGUUGCUGCUGCAAGAAGCGAAGGGAUUCAAAUUUGAAAGUUGAAUUGUAGAAAAUUCAAAGUCAAAGGCGAUUUGGGAUAGUUGCCAUGACCUGACUCUACACAGGGUCCUUAUUCGCCGAGCCAAGACAGAACAUAUGGGAUUGGGAAAUUUCAAAGAAUCAAAGAAAAUAAUUCACAAUCGUAUUUCGAAAACCAGCGUUCAUAUUUCGAACAGAAGAAAGGCCAAAUAUCAGCAAUGAGGGGUGAAAAUAUCAUGCUAUGUUAACAAAAUAAUGGUAUUUGAUUUCUUUUUCCCCUAGCUAUUCCAGCUGCCUAUGUUAACAUUGAUCUAGGUACGUUCUUUUAUAUACUUUAAUUCACAAAUAUUUGAUUUUGUGGUAGUGGGAUAUUGCCUUCCCUCCACGUU